AUGUCUUCCACCGAGAGCAUCCCAGCUCCUGGUAAGUGGCCUGUCGACCCUCAACAAGACGUCCCCAUCAGCGACGACCGCAUCUGGGUUGAUGGUUGCUUCGACUUUGCACACCAUGGCCAUGCCGGUGCCAUGCUUCAGGCUCGUCGUCUGGGAACUGAGCUUCUUGUCGGCGUACAUUCAGACGAGGCUAUCCUUGAGAACAAGGGGCCUACAGUCAUGACUCUGGACGAACGGUGUGCUGCUGUUGACGCCUGUCGCUGGGCCACCAAGUCCAUCCCUCACGCCCCUUAUGUGACCUCCCUGCCCUGGAUCUCUCACUAUGGCGCCAAAUACGUUGUCCACGGAGACGACAUUACCUCAGACGCCAAUGGCUAUGAUUGUUACAGAUUCGUCAAGGAGGCUGGCCGCUUCAAGGUCGUCAAACGCACACCCGGUAUAAGCACAACCGAUCUCGUAGGCCGCAUGUUGCUAUGCACAAAAUCACACUUCAUCAAGGACCUCGACGCUCUGCUCGAAGGUCAAGAAGGCCCAGGAGGACCAGAAGAAAGAAAGAGCACAGGAGAAGACAUGAAAGAGAGAAUCAGAGAGUACGCAACGGAUGCAUCUGGAAACAAGCCAUUGAUCGAGGUCUGGAGCUGGCGCUCAGCCCACACAAACCAACAACAUUUCCACCAGAACGGCUCAUUCCUUAAGAAGGUCAAUGGAACUUCACCGCAGCCUGACCAGAAGGUCGUCUAUGUUGAUGGUGGCUUUGACCUCUUCUCAACUGGCCACAUCGAGUUCCUCAAACGAGUCGUCGAGACCGAGGAAAAGGAGGCCAAGCAGAAGGGCUGGAACAAAGACUACAGCCCUAUCUAUAUCGUUGCAGGUGUCCACAGCGAUGAAGCCAUCAACGACUACAAGGGCAUCAACUACCCCAUCAUGAACAUCUUUGAGCGCGUCCCUAGCAAAACCUUCCUCGAAUCACUUCCCUACACUGUUCAAGCAGUGUACCACGGCCCCACAGUCUCAGCACCCCCGGGCCAAGACUUCUACACCGACGCAAAGGAAAUGGGUAUCUACAAAGAGAUCUCUUCACACCCGUACUCGCAUGUGAAUGCAGACUCCAUCGUGGCCCGUAUCCUGAAGAGCAGAGAGUUGUACGAGGAACGCCAGCGCGUCAAGGGAGUCAAAGGCAUUGGAGAAGAGGCAGUGCGCAGAAGAGAAGAAAUGGAGAGGGAAAAGGCAGAAAAGGACAAAGCCGCCUCUGCAUAA